AUGCCGCGGAAGGCCUCCGCUGCCCACGAUAGCGACGACGAAGACAGCUCGCGCGCUGGUUCGGCCGCCCCAGAAGAAGGGGCCAAGGGACCCUCGUCGAGCCAGGUGAGAAAGGCUCAGAAUAGGAUCGCUCAGCGAGAGUUCCGUCUACGAAAACAGCAAUAUAUUCGCGAUCUGGAAGCCAAAGUGCAAGUGCUCGAGGGCAACAAGGAGGAGCGAGUGGGGCUUAUGACGCUGCUCGUGAGGAAUCUGCUCAAGGAGAAUAAGGAUCUCAGAGGGAUGGUACGCUCAAUGGCUUCUUUCGUCGGCGAAGGCCUUGGCUCUUGCCUCCCCAGACUUGGCCUCACGGCGGACCAACUCGAUGCCGUCGUCAAUCGCGCCGACACCGACACGGCCUAUGAAGCCUUCCUAAACCUUAAAGCCACGCGUGAAAUGCAAGAUGCAAACCCCGGCAUCAAGAUGGGCGAGCUACGCCGUCGGUCCACAGCUGCUGGCAAGCGCAAACGUACGCCCGAGACUGAGACGCCCUCUGCUGCUGGGGACGAAGAUCAUAUGCCGGAUGCUGGGCCGUCGAGCGCGAGUAAAGACAAGGGCAAGGCGCCGCAGAGUGAGGGGGCAAAGAGGACAAAGAGCGGGGAUGGUCCAUUUAUCUCGGACGAGUACACCUAUCUCUUCCCGGAUCUGGACGGAAUGUUCAUGACGUCUGAAUUCGACCUCACAUCCCAGUCCAAUAUGGAACGUCCGAGCGCGAACCCGCCGCCCGGCCAGCCAAGAUCAUAUCAAGGCUACCCAAGACAAGUAGCAAAUCGUCCACAGACAAAUGGAUACGGUGGACCCUCAACCUAUCCAACCGAUAUCGAUAGUGGCUUUGGUCUGACCCUUCCGCCAUCCACCUUGGGAGCACCCGACUUGGGUGCCGCUACUGGACAGAGUCCCUCUUCCUCUUAUCCAUCUGCACCCCCGAUGCGCCAGUCCCAGGCUCAUCCCCCCUUGGUCACCGACUUUGCGAGUACCUGCCCCCCGCCUCCCUUUCACGCACCUUCGAGACCUCACUCCCAACCGUCGUCUCUCAACCGCACGCCUCCGCGACAGAUGCCCGAUCGCGAGACGCCAGCUCAGACCGUAGCUCGACUCGUACCGCCGGACCGCAAUAAUUUCGGAGUACCAGGCAUGUCGCAGGAAGAGCUGGAGGGGAGAAAGAAGGCUCAGGACCAGCUAGUCAAGUCCAUCGAGGAGAGUGACGCGUCAGACAGAAAGCUGGAGGCCAUGCAGUUGAUCACGUAUCAUCUGAACAACUUCCGCAUGAACCACGAAUAUCACCUUCCCCCUUCGCUGCGUCCCACUGUCAUUCAACGUACAGUGCCACACGAGCAUGCGAUUGAUGGAAUCUGCUUCCCAUCCAUGAGAGAUAGGAUGAUAUUGUUGCGCGGAAGAUAUGACUUGGUGGAAGUCUUCCAUGCCUUGCUAUCAGAGUUCACUCUGCACGGUGAUGAUGUACUGGACCAUCGGAGCUAUGAAAUCUCGGAAAAGUUUGUCCGUGAAUUCACUAUACUGGUGGAUGAUGUCGCGGUGGACAUUAGCAACAAGUGGCGAGCCAUUCGAGGCGAGCCGCCUAUUGAAUGGCCGCUGAGGAAUGAGAAUGGGCAAGUCUCCGAGCAACCGCCUUCGAAUUGA